AUGGAGGCCGAGGCCGCGGAUGGCCCCCCGGGCGGGGUCGAGGCGGCGCUCAGCUGCUUCUCUUUCAACCAGGACUGCACAUCCCUAGCAAUUGGAACCAAAGCCGGUUAUAAGCUGUUUUCUUUGAGUUCUGUGGAGCAACUGGACCAAGUCCAUGGAAGCAACGAAAUCCCGGAUGUCUACAUCGUGGAGCGCCUCUUCUCCAGCAGCCUGGUCGUGGUGGUCAGUCACACAAAGCCGCGGCAGAUGAACGUCUAUCACUUCAAGAAAGGCACGGAGAUCUGUAAUUACAACUAUUCCAGCAACAUCUUGUCCAUAAGGCUGAACCGGCAGAGGCUGCUGGUGUGCCUGGAGGAGGCCAUCUACAUCCACAACAUCAAAGACAUGAAGCUCUUGAAGACCAUCCUGGAUAUUCCUGCCAACCCAGCAGGUCUCUGUGCCCUCUCUAUCAACCAUUCCAAUUCUUACGUGGCCUAUCCUGGAAGCCUGACCACAGGCGAGAUUGUGCUUUACGACGGACACUCCCUGAAAACGGUCUGCACGAUUGCUGCCCACGAGGGGACGCUGGCCGCCAUCACCUUCAAUGCCUCGGGCUCCAAACUAGCGAGCGCAUCUGAGAAAGGCACCGUCAUCCGGGUGUUCUCUGUACCCGACGGGCGAAAGCUCUACGAGUUUCGGAGAGGAAUGAAAAGGUACGUGACAAUCAGCUCCCUAGUUUUUAGUAUGGACUCGCAGUUCCUCUGCGCCUCAAGCAACACCGAGACCGUGCACAUCUUCAAGCUGGAGCACCUCACCAACAGCCGACCCGAGGAGCCCUCCACCUGGACUGGUUACAUGGGAAAGAUGUUCAUGGCCGCUUCCAACUACCUCCCCGCCCAGGUGUCCGACAUGAUGAACCAGGACAGGGCCUUUGCCACCGGGCGCUUGCACUUCUCUGGGCAGAGGAACAUCUGCACCCUCUCCACGAUCCAGAAACUGCCAAGACUCCUGGUCGCGUCUUCCGAUGGACACCUUUACAUCUACAAUUUGGACCCUCAGGACGGAGGAGAAUGUGUCUUAAUCAAGACCCACAGCUUGCUUAGCUCAGGAACAACAGAAGAAAACAAAGAAAAUGACCUCAGACCUCCAUUACCUCAGUCUUAUGCAGCGACCGUGGCCAGACCAAGCACGUCUUCUGCCUCUACCGUGCCAGGUUAUUCUGAGGACGGCGGGGCCCUCCGAGGAGAGGUUAUUCCUGAACAUGAGUUUGCGACGGGACCAGUAUGCCUUGACGACGAGAAUGAAUUUCCCCCUAUUAUCUUGUGCCGUGGAAGUCAGAAGGGCAAAACGAAGCAGUCAUGAUGAGAAGCGCACCUCAGAAAGCAGGACACCCCCUGUCAGGUGGUUGUGGAGAAAACAAGGAAGGUGGAAGAAUGGAGUACAAUUGUGUGCGCAGAAAGGGGGGCAGGAAUCCCAGGUGCC